AUGGCUCCUGGUUUUCCCAGUUGUCGCAACUAUGAGGUUCCUCAAGACAUCUCUUUCUCCGGAUCGGGAUUCCUGUCCACCUAUCAGCUUGGUGUUGCCCUAUGCUUACUAAAUCACGCAGCCUGGAUUCUGCGCUCAGCCCCCUGCAUACUUGGCUCAUCUGCGGGAUCCCUGAUAGCAGCUGCUGUGGUCUGUGAAAUCAACCUCCUUACCAUUCGGGAUGAGAUCCUCCUUUUGACCAAACAAGUGGUGACUCUCACACUUGGGCCAUUUCAUCCAGGAAUUAAUGUUUUUCGGUGGCUAAAAUCCAUUUUGGACAAAUAUCUUCCAUCUGAUGCACACCGUCUGGCCAGUGGUCGUCUUGGUGUUGCCAUGACCCGCCUAAAAGAUGGAAAACAUUUCAUUAUGUCCGAGUUCCAAUCAAGGGAAGAUCUAAUACAGGCCCUGCUGUGUAGCUGUUAUGUGCCUGGACACAGCGGUUUUCGUCCUCCAACCUUUAAGGGAGUUCAUUACAUCGAUGGCGGUUUGACAGGCAUACAGCCAAGACUGCCUGCAGCAUCCGGCCGCACACUGACCGUCUGCCCCUUCUCUGGAGAUGCUGACAUCUGCCCUGCGGACCCAUCUUGCAUGAUGGAAAUGGUAGUGGGUGGGGGCAUACUCAAGUUUAGCCUGGCAAACAGUUACAGGAUCCUCAAUGGUCUUUACCCCGUGGCUUUGGAGACUAUAGAACAAGCGUUCCACUCUGGCUACAAAGAUGGCAUUGGUUUCCUUAGGAGCAAUUAUCUUGUCAAAUCUGUGGUGUCCAACACAUUGUCCCAAGUGUCACUAAAGUGUGACCAAACCAAAACAUGGAUGCCUCUGGAGACCACACAAGUGGAAGAAAUGGAAAGGGAAACCAAACUCCCUGACUCAGAAGCCACCAGAGAUUUUGAUGUAGUAAAUAAUGCUCAUCUGAUAACUGAUCUGAGUGAGUUUGGGCCAUAUAAAAGAAUAGUAUACAGCCUGCUUCUGUCCCUUAUGGUGCUGUUUGAUGUCUCACUCCAGACCAGGAACAGACUGGGGUUGCUCUUCAGAGAGAUGCCUGAUUUAAUUUUUUGGACUUGGCUUUCCCUGAGACAUUGUAGCGUAUUCUUUUUCAAUAUCAUCAUCAGUACCAUCAAGAAGAAUGUGACAGACAGGGUCAUGCCGAUCAUGUUCCUGUUACAAUGGAUAAAGGUUCAAGAGCUGUAGGAGGCUUUGUGAGGGGGCGGCACAAUGAAUGGUGAAUCUACCUAUUUUGGGAUUAAGAAGAGGCCUAUUUGCACCAGGAGUCUCUUUUAGUCUGCAUGUCUAUCUUUCAAAAAAUGUCCCUUUUUAAACAUGUUUUCCUUAUAAUUGUUUCUAUCAUUUCAUACAUAUACAUACAAAGUCCAAUAAAUCCAUGGACAGAAUCACUGCUUAAUUUUCAAAAUAUGAAUCACAAAGUUACAAAGUUUGAAGUAAAAAAAUCAAAACAAUGUUCCUUUAAAAAGAAGAUUGGAGAGAUUUAGUUAAUGCUCUCACUUAAAUUUAUUGCUCCAUUUAACAGUUCCAGGAAUCUGGAAUCCAGUUGCAAUGACCAAUUUGCAAAGGACCCGUGCUCUCCGAAGCCUUAGAUGAUACUGCGUCAUGAAAUGUGAUUCAACUGAUAUAAAUUCUGCCAACAAUUCGACAGCGAUCACUGACCUGGAGGUGAUCUUAACAACUGGCUGGGCUCAGUACCUGAUUGUUUAAAAAGAAUUUGGGUCAGCCCCAGGCACAAACCAGGCUGCUUCCACACUCUGGUGGUGGUUUCUAGUUUAUUCAUGGAAAACAGAAAGUUAAUGGGUGUGGGGGAUUGGUAUAGGGGGUUGAGUUUGGAUGCUGUCUUUGCUACAUGUGAAAACUGUAGGACUUAUGAAAAAGGUCAAACACUCCCCCGCUUCUGGGAAAAUGACUGACAUAACAGUAAGACAUUUAGUCUCUUUUGGUGGCUAUAAUUCCAUACGCUCAUGAAUUUUUCCAAUCUGUGAAAGAUCACUAUGUCUGACUUCGAAUAUUUUAAAUACGGAUGGUACAUAAAGCCCUCUGGACAAAACAUUUACAUGAAUGCAGUCCAUUUACAACAAUUUCAUAACAUACAGAUGGAAAUUUUUAAAGAAGCAUAACUAAAUUGGAUGUUUCACACCCCCCUUUCCACAAUUCUCAGAGACUCCUUUCUUCUUUCUGGAAGUGUUUGUCUCUGGACAGCAUGCUUCUUGUCAUAUCUGGAAAGUUGUCGAGGUGUUGUUUUGGUGUUUUUGACAACAAAUUCAUGCAUAGCCGUGCAGGGGGAGGGCUCAGACUAAAAUGGGCUUUUAUGAUCGUAUUACAACUUACAACACUAUAAGUUAUAUUUAUGUAUAAUUGUCUACUCAUUUAAAUGGAUAUGGAUGCAACGUUUAAAAAGUAUACAUUUCAAAUUUGCUAGUAAGUAGCAUCCUCUCCUCUCUAAAGAAUAUAUGUAUACAUGUAUGGAUUCAUAUAUAUGUACUGUAUAUAUAUGCACUGCAUAAAUGAAAUACUGCCCCAUAUAAUCUCUGAUCUUACCUUUUAUCUGAACAAGGGUCUUGCAUAUUUAUUA